AAAGAAGAGAAAGAAAAAGAAAAGAAAAGGCAACAUUAGGACCAACACCGACGCGACGCGUGCAUUAGUAUUGGUGUAUCCUUUGGCAUUUCUGCGAGCUUGGUUAGAGUUGGACGUGUGUUGCAAACAAGAUAAAAACGAUAAAAGUAAACGCGUAAGCUGCUGCUGCUGCCAAAUCGAAAAAGCAUAAACAAGUGCAAGUAGUUGUGCCUUUUGCAGUGUCAACUAGAAAAAAAAAAAAAGAACGCGAAACUAAACGUUUCCUAAUACAACCAACUAAGUUAAGUAUAAGCAGCCCCCAAGCCGCCGUCGCCGCAUUGCAAUGGAGAAGAGAAUAGAAUUGGAGCGACGCGCACGCAAAGCAAAUCAGAUCACAGAACUGAAUCUGGAUAAUUGCCGGAGUACAAGCAUUGUUGGCCUUACAGAUGAAUACACCGCCUUGGAAUCGUUAAGUUUGAUCAAUGUGGGUCUGACCACACUGAAAGGUUUCCCCAAAUUACCCAAUUUAAAAAAAUUGGAAUUAUCCGAUAAUCGUAUAUCCAAUGGCCUCAACUAUCUAACAACCAGCCCAAAAUUGCAAUAUUUGAAUUUAUCUGGUAAUAAAAUUAAAGAUCUGGAAACUCUGAAACCCUUGGAGGAAUUCCAAAAAUUGGCCGUCUUGGAUUUAUUCAACAAUGAUGCCACCCAAGUGGAAAACUAUCGGGAAAAAAUCUUUAAGAUGUUGCCUUCGUUAACCUUCCUCGAUGGAUUCGACUGCAAUGAUGAGGAGGUGCAAUCGGAGGGUGAAGAUGAUGAGGAAGUGAUCAAUGGCAAUGAUUCAGAUGAAGAUAAGCGAAGCAGCAGCAAUGCCUUCUGUUUAAAUGGUUUAGAAUUCGAUUUAGACGAACUUGAGAUAUUGGAGGAGCGAGUUAAGGCUAAGAAGCGUUUGCAAGAGGCAACCGAUGAAACAAAAGCAGAUGAUCAUAAUCAUGAUCCUGGCAAAGGUGUUGGUGCUGGUGAUGCUGAUGAGGUUGACGAAUUAGAUGAAUAUUUGAAAGAAUUGCAAUUGAGAGAGACAACAACUGUACAACAGCUGCAACCAGCAACAACAACAACAACAACAACGACGACAAAAGCAACAGAAACAACAAAUCAAACCAUUCAUUUUACAGUUUUACUAUAUUGGUUUUUAGGCAUAUUAAAUCUGGCUAAUGCCUUAUAUUUUUCAAAUGAAACAACAGAAGGCGAAACCGAUGACAGUGAUGAAGAGGAUAAUGGAGAUAUCUCGCUGUCGGAAGUAUACAACGAUGACCUCGAAGAGGAUAACUCCGAUUGGGAGGAGGGUGAAGGUGGUGGCGGAGAUGAUGACGAAGAUGAGGACUCUGAUAUCGAUGAAGCCGAUGGUGAGGCAAAUGAAUCAUCUGCUUCAGUAAAGGAGGCUGGCGAUAAGCCAGAUGAGUCGCAAGCUAGGGGCAAGAAGAGAAAGCAUGAUGGUUAAAAGAACAACUCCCGAUGGAUAUAACAAGUUCUAAAAUUUAAACAAAAUACACACACACACACAAACACACUUACAUACAUACAAGAAAAAAACAGCCACAUAUGAAUCAUAUUUUGAUAGAAAAGAGAAUUGAUAUGAGAAAAAACAAAAAAAAAAAGAAACAAAUACCGACAGAAUUUUGUUUUUUUUUUAACUGUAAGCUUAUAAAUUGGAAUUCCAAACUCAAUACAAACACACAAACAGAUAGAGCCAGAGAAAGUUAUAAUCAAAAACAUCAGCGUUAAUUUUAAGUCAAAUAAUUAGAGAA